GUAAAAGCGACGACAGCAGCAGUGGUUCGCAGAACAUUCGAGAGGUAAGAUGUGAAAUAAUUUCAUCACAUUUUAUUCUGGCGCGUGGAUUUCACGUCGACGAUCGUAAUUCCUCGGUGAUAAUGUAGCUAGCUAAACCAGCGCUAAAGGUGUGUCGACCAGGUAUUAUCUUCACCCAAACCCGCGUCGUCAGCGUUAAGUUAAUGUUAGCCGUGGGACGUCAGUAAAUGGGCUCCGGCUAUUUCCUGGAGCUCUAAUGCUGUGAGCGUCCGUUUACAUAACUACAUAACGGACGAAUGACGAAGCUGUAUUUAGACGCAGGGUGUCAUCGUAUCACCUUGAGGAUGAAUAUACCUUUUAUGAAAUAUAUAUAUAUAUAUGCGUGUAAUAAUUUGGUGAUGAUACACGUUAGCUUGACGUCGUUAGCCGUUAACGUCACGUUACCACGUGACAUAACGGAAUCUUUGAGAAUCGUCCUGACUUUUGUUCUUUUCGUUCUUUACAAUAGUCACGCGGUAACCACGUGGCUGUUGAGCUAUUACCCAACCAAAUGCUCGACGACACCUUGAUGAUGUUAGCGUUUUUCUAGUCCGCAGUGUGUGUGUGUGUGUGGGGGGGGGGCUAACAAUACGCCUCUUUCUCCCAAAAAGGUCCCUCUAAACCACGAGGACGUUCCAGAUACCCCCCCCCCCUGCCUCUGAGUCUGGCGCCUGCACCUUUUUGGCCGCUUUCGGGUGUUGAACUGCGCAUCUUCAUUAGGAACCCAAUCAAUACAACAACACCACCAGCCAUCGACCACCGUUCACUGCGGCUCUUGGACGAUCAGCGUUGUGUUUAUGUCUUUGUUUCGCGAAAACGAGCUGUUGCGCAGCCGUUGGAACCUGUGUGGUGGAAAUCUAGCCUUCAAGCAAGGAGCCUGCGGCCACAGCGGCACAGCGUUUUUCAUGUCAGAGACAGAGCGCGCUUGCAGUCGUUUAUGUCAUCCCCUCUUUUCCAGACAGAAGAUCCCGAAAAAUCCCCAACCAAGAUCCUUUUAUCUUACUGAUAGUGCUGACACCCAGCCAAAAUGUCUGUCAACGUCAACCGCAGCGUGUUGGACCAGUUCUAUCGCUACAAGAUGCCCCGUCUGAUUGCCAAGGUUGAAGGCAAAGGGAAUGGAAUCAAGACGGUCAUUGUCAACAUGGUUGAUGUUGCAAAGGCGCUGAACAGGCCUCCAACAUACCCGACCAAGUUUUUUGGUUGUGAACUCGGCGCUCAGACCCAGUUUGAUAGCAAAAACGACCGUUACAUCGUCAAUGGAUCCCACGAGGCGAACAAGCUGCAGGACAUGCUUGAUGGGUUCGUCAGGAAAUUUGUGCUGUGUCCCGAGUGCGACAACCCUGAAACUGAUCUGCAUAUCAAUCCCAAGAAACAAACCAUUGGCAAUUCCUGUAAGGCCUGUGGAUACCGCGGCAUGCUCGACACCAGACACAAACUCUGCACGUUCAUCCUCAAAAACCCACCCGAGAGCACCGAAGGUGGAUCCGCAUCUGUAAAGAAAGAGAAGGAGAAGAAGAACCGCAAGAAGGACAAGGAGAACGGCUCCGGAGAGGCUGGAAGCCAAGAGAACUUUGAUGCUCCCAAAGCUGUGGACGGAGAUGACGAUGAUGAGGACUGGGCGGAGGAGACUACGGAGGAGGCGCAGAGGAGGCGAAUGGAGGAGAUCAGCGCCCACGCCAAGAACCUCACGCUCAGCGAGGACCUGGAGAAACCUCUGGAGGAGAGGGUCAACCUGUUCUACAACUUUGUGAAACACAAGAACGAGAGCGGGACCAUCGACGGAGCCGAUAAGGAGAUCUUGGCGGAGGCGGAGCGUCUGGAUGUGAAGGCCAUGGGCCCCCUCAUCCUCAGUGAGCUGCUCUUCAACGAGAACAUCCGAGACCAGGUCAAGAAGUACAAACGCCACUUCCUGCGGUUCUGCCACAACAACAAGAAGGCCCAGAAGUAUCUGUUGGGAGGCUUUGAGUGUGUGGUGAAGCUGCAUCAGGUCCAGCUGCUGGCUCGAGUUCCCAUCAUCCUCAAAGAGUUCUACGACGCAGACCUGCUGGAUGAAGACGUCAUAUUCGCCUGGGCAGAGAAGGUUUCUAAGAAGUACGUCUCUAAGGAGCUCGCCAAAGAGAUCCACGCUAAGGCGGCUCCGUUCGUGAAGUGGCUGAAGGAGGCCGAGGAGGAGAGCGGAGGCAGUGAGGAGGACGACGAGGUGGAGGAAGAGGACGAGAACGUGGAGGUGGUGUACUCACCCUCUGCCCGCGAGCUCAAAGUUGAGACUGUGAAACCGGACACUCCUGAAAAAGAAGAGGACGACAUUGACAUUGAUGCGAUCUGAGUGACUCUGAUGAUGCUUUGACUCUGGAUGCUCUGUACCUGUAACACCUACCUGGCUGGCCUCUUCCUCCUU